AGAUGAAUUUUUUAGGACUAACUACAAAAAGUAGGUCUGUCAAACCAAAGAAAAAUGUGCCCGAAGGAACUAAGCAAUACCAACUUCAAGAAUAUUCAAAAGCUAUCCUUGGCUCAGGGAACCUGAAAUUAGCUGUAGUCUUGCCUGAAGGAGAGAACAUCAACGAAUGGUUAGCCGUUAAUACAUACGACUUCUUUAACCAAAUUAACAUGCUUUAUGGUACAAUUGCCGAAUUCUGUACCCCACAAGAAUGUCCUAUAAUGUCGGCCGGUCCGAAGUUUGAAUAUCUCUGGUCUGAUAAUGAAAAAAAUAAGAAACCCGUAAAAUUACCAGCACCAGAAUACGUAAGCCAUUUAAUGGAAUGGAUACAAGAGCAACUUGAUGACGAAAGCUUGUUCCCAAGUAAAAUAGGAGUUCCAUUUCCCAAAAACUUCCAAUCUUCCGUCAAAGUAAUAUUCAAAAGGUUAUUUCGGGUUUACGCGCACAUAUACCUAUCCCAUUUUUCUGUCAUCACUGCGUUGGGCGAGGAAGCUCAUUUGAAUACCAGCUUUAAACAUUUUAUUUAUUUUGUCCAGGAGUUUCAGCUAAUAGAAAAGAAAGAGUUGCAACCUUUAAGCGAAUUAAUUGUGACCUUAACCAGUCAAGAUUAA